UUUUUGGUAAUACAACUCUGAUGCCUAAAGUCUGAGUCAACGCCCUAACCCAAAAUUUUUACUCUCCCUCGCAAACUCUCUCUGAAACUUCAACUCCCUCUCAAACUCUAGCCCCAAUUCUUCUAACUCCCUCUCAAUUUUUUCACUCCCUCUGAACUGUACCCUAAAAAUUCAUCUCCUGAACAAAACUCUCCUUCAGUCCCUAUGAAACUCUCUCUUUCUUCUCUCUCCUCCAUCACUGCCCCAUUCUUGCUAAAACCCUCAAAUGCUCAACUAUUAUGAUUCACAGUGAGAAUCUUUCUUCCAUUUGACGAUUCUCAAGCUAGCUCACACAAUUUCUUAAGCCCAGACACUCAGACGGAAGUUUAAGUCGGCAAUUGUGUGAUUUCAUCUAUCAGUUCGAAGCAUUUCCCUUUCCCCCAAAAGGUUUUCAAAGAGGGAUCAGAUCUGUUUCUGCAACUGCUGACCUUCUGACUACUGGGAAAGAAUGCAAAAUGGCUUUCGGCGAAAAGGCAAACAUUGUUGCAAGUGGCACAAUAGUUGAGAUUAAUGUGCCAAACCAGCUGGUUCAUAAUGUUCCUUUGGGAGAGGGGAGCAUAAGAGUAGCUGUGAAUUGUGCACUAAAGGGAGAUUCUCCACUACCAAUCCCUGUGAAAGGAGUGUUCGAAACGGUUGGAGAUGCCCUUGGGUCGCAAGUAGCUUGGCCUCAAGAUCUUAUUGUCUUUGAUGAUAAAGUGAAGAAGGAGGAAACUACAAAGGAAAAAUUAGCAAAGACUUUAUUCAAGUCUAUAUCACCAACAAUGCCAAAGUCUUGCAACGUUUUAUAUGCAUACGCACAUCAAGUGAUGUCCAAAGGUCAGACUAUCUCCACAAAUACUGAUGAGGACAUAUUUGGGGUGAAAAAGAUUGUAUACAUCUUUCAAGAACAAGUUAUCGUGUUCGCUGAAAUGAGAGAAAUAGGACAAGCUAUAAUAAUUGCUCAUAUUAGCUAUUUAUUUCGCUUGGUAAAAAGCCAACAAAGGGAUCAAGUGAUUGGAUUUAUGGACCCAGCACGUACCGCACAUGAUCCAAGAUAUGGGAAUUUGUGGGGACAUUGGAUCCUAACAAUAAUUGAUGAGGACAAAGAUAAUGUGUAUGUCAUGGAUCCUCUUGGGGCUCGUCACCCUCAAGAUGCAUGGAAAGCUGUUCUAAAUAAUGGGAUCAAAGCUUUCAAUGCGCAAAUUAAGAGACGAACUUGUAAAUUACCGACAUGGAUUAUGUUUUCGGGUGCUCCUAAACAAAGCGAUGGCAAGUCAUGUGGGUAUUUUGUGAUGAGAUACAUGAAAGACAUUUUAUAGAGCUAGAAGGAAGGACACGUACACCCAAAUGGAAUUGGAUGAGGUGCAAGAAGAAUUGGCAACUCAUGUCCUAGAAUGGCUUUUUGAUUGAGCUAAACAUUCCUUCAUUUUACUUGUCUUUCUCGAUAGUAUUUUGCUUAUGCAUAGAAAAGUAUGGAUAAUUUGUGGUGUAGGGCUAGUAAAAUUGUGAUUUGGAUGUGACAAGUAUGGAACAUUCAAGUAUUUUGCUUAUAUAUAUAUAGACAAUUAUGGAUAUAUUUAAAUUACUGUUUAUAUAAUGUUU